AUGGCUUCAAGCUCAACCUCUUUUACUCCACUAGUUUUCAAUGGAGAACAGUACCAUAUGUGGGCUGUUAAAAUGAAAGCUUUCUUAAUGGGCCAAGGUCUUUGGCAAUAUGUGGAGGAAGAGAAGCAACCACCACAAUUGGGGCCAAAUCCCACGUUGAACCAGAUUAGACUCCAUGAAGAAGAGGCAACAAAAGCUCCAAGAGCUCUGUCCCACAUCCAGUUAGAUGUCACAGAUCAAGCAUUCACAAGGAUUAUGGCUUGUGAGACAGCAAACGAAAGUUGGGACAAGCUUAAGGAGGAGUUUGGUGGAAGUGACAAAACCAAGAACAUGCAAAUCCUGAAUCUGGGAAGGGAGGUUGAAAUGCAGAAAAUACAAGAGUCUAAAACUGUUAAGGAGUACGUUGAUCGACUUAUGAAUGUGGUCAACAAAAUCAGACUUCUUGACAAAGAGAUAACAGAUAAUAGGAUAGUAAAGAAGGUGUUAGUGAGUCUACCAGAGAGAUUUGAAUCCAAGAUUUCAUCUCUUGAAGACUCAAACGACUUGUCCCGAAUUACCCUUAUAGAGCUUGUCCAUGCCCUACAAGCUUAUGAACAAAGAAGGUUGUUGAGACAAGAAGACAACGGUGAAGGAGCAAUGAUGGCUUCAUCCAAAGGGAAAUUUGUUUAG